AUGGGACGUCGCCCCGCUCGCUGCUACCGUUACUGCAAGAACAAGCCUUACCCCAAGUCGCGCUACAACCGUGGUGUGCCGGACCCCAAGAUCCGUAUCUACGAUCUUGGUCGUAAGAAGGCCUCUGUGGACGACUUCCCCUUCUGUGUCCACCUUGUGUGUGACGAGCACCAGCAGAUCACUGCUGAGGCUCUCGAGGCUUCGCGUAUCUGUGCCAACAAGUACAUGACCAAGACCACCGGUAAGGACUCGUUCCACAUGCGUGUGCGUGUCCACCCGUACCACGUCAUCCGUAUCAACAAGAUGCUUUCGUGCGCUGGUGCCGACCGUCUGCAGACGGGUAUGCGUGGUGCCUUCGGUAAGCCGUAUGGUCUUGUGGCCCGUGUGAACAUCGGCCAAGUUCUGCUGUCGAUCCGUACUCGUGACGCUAACCGCGCUGUGGCCAUUGAGGCCCUCCGCCGCUCGCGUUACAAGUUCGCUGGUCGCCAGAAGAUCAUUGUGUCGAAGAAGUGGGGCUUUACUGACAUGAGCCGUGAGGAGUACCUCGAGGCCCGUGACAGCAGCCGUAUCAUGAAGGACGGUUGCCACCUUAAGUACAUUACCAACCACGGUCGUGUUGAGGACAACCUCCGUCUCCAGGCCGAAGUCGCUGCCUCGAAGUAA